AAAGCUUAGUAGAAAACGCCGUACAAGAAUAGAAAAACGGCUUGUAAACACCGUCAUACUGUCAUUCCAUUUUUAGCAACCGAAUGAAUCUUAACGCCCCAAACUCUGAACUGUGCUUUCUUUUUAUUCUUUCCUUUUAUAGCAACCUACACAUUCACUUCAGUUUUUUAACUGCGUUCAUCACUUCUUUUUUACCUCUCUUUUGUUGAAUUUUCUAAAAUAUUUCGUCACAUUCUAGGGUUCACGUCACUUCAUAUUUCGUCAAUUCCCCAAUUUCAUUCUUAAAUUUCGUGCUAUUCUAGUUUCUUAUUCUUGUUAACGCUUUGCAUUAUAUAAAAUAGCUACAAUCCUAAUAUCUGCCAAUAGUUUACGAAUUCUCUGUUCCUUUUAUCUCACUUUGUUUAUCUUUUACUUGCUUUGGAGCUCUGGUCACCAACAUUGAGGUUUUGUUGGGAACCCUAAUUUCAUUGUUUUUCAGUUUUAUUGUAUUUUGAUGGCUUGUUGUUUAAGGUAUAUGUUUCAAUUGUAGACUAUUGAAGAUUGAAAUUCUCAUUUGGGGAUUUCGUGCAUAGCUUUGAGGAUUCAAGAAUGCUGGUGAACAAAGAAGCAAUGUCUUGUGAAAUUUUUUACAUAGAGGAACUCUAAGAUUGGUUACGUUUUGAUCGGUUUUCAUCUCUAACCUAAGUAUGGAAUACCCUUUUUACCAUACGGGAAAAGGAAUUGGGUAUUGGCAAUCUCCCGGUACUCAGCUAGAAGGAUCGACAUCGUUAGAUGGUGGAAUCAGCAAUUUGGUGUCAGAGGAUAUGCCUAGCAGCUUCUCGGAGCUCAUGAACUUUGAUAAUUAUGCUGGUUUGUGUUCUGGUCCAUCCAUGACUGAUCAAAUUAUGGCUAAUGAGCUUCCAGCUCUUGCCUCGGUAUUAUAUCAAUCGUCUGAUGGACUCAAUAUAGUCGAACAGAACAGUGGACAAUUCUAUAUGACAGAAGUUGGUGGAAAUUCCAAUAAUCCGCAGAGCUCGCCCAUUUAUGGGGAGAAAAUUGUGUGUCAGCAAAUGGAUACCCUACUUGGUUUCUUAGACAACAAUGAUGCAAAUAACUUAAGUUCUAAGCAAAAAAUUAACGGGUCUUUGCAACAUGUCAAUACUUUUGAUACGGGCAAUUGCGUAAUCCCCAAGCCACCUGCUUUGUCGCUUGAUGAGAGAAUGCUGAAAGCCUUGUCCUUCUUUAAAGAAUCAGCUGGUGGGGGAAUAUUGGCACAAGUUUGGGUACCCAUAAAGCACGGUGGUCAAGUCUUCUUAAGCACUAGUGAGCAACCUUAUUUACUCGAUCAAAUGCUUGCAGGGUACCGUGAAGUGUCAAGGACAUUUACAUUUUCUGCAGAAGGAAAACCAGGUUGUUUACCGGGACUUCCUGGUCGUGUGUUUAUCUCCAAAGUUCCUGAGUGGACUUCCAAUGUUGGUUAUUACAAUCCAAGUGAGUACUUGAGGGUUGAGCAUGCAAGAAAUCACGAGGUUCGUGGGUCAAUUGCUUUUCCCAUAUUUGAUAUGCACUCUGGACUGCCAUGCUGCGCUGUCCUGGAGCUUGUCACUACGAAGGAAAAGCCUAAUUUUGACAAAGAAUUAGAAAUCAUUUGUCGUUCACUGCAGCUUGUAAAUUUAAGGACUAAUGUGCCUUUUCGGCUGCUUCCUGAGUGUCUUUCAAGCAAUAAAAGAGCCGCUUUAACAGAGAUAGUUGACGUGUUACGAUCUGUGUGUCAUGCACAUAGAUUGCCACUGGCAUUAACAUGGAUUCCCUGUUUUUACACCAAGGGCACAAGAGAUGAAACUACUAGAAUACAAAUUAAAGAGGGCAAUUCGAGUUCUAGAGAAAAAAACAUACUGUGCAUUGAAGAAUCAGCUUGCUAUAUAACUGAUAGAGUGAUGGAAGGAUUUGUGCAUGCAUGCGUUGAACAUCAUCUUGAGGAAGGGAAAGGUGUAGCUGGGAAAGCGCUUCAAUCAAAUCAUCCUUUCUUCUAUCCUGAUGUGAAGGCAUAUGAUAUUAGUGAGUAUCCGCUUGUCCAUCAUGCACGCAAGUACAGUUUGAAUGCUUCAGUUGCAAUCAGGCUAAGGAGUACUUAUACUUAUAAUGAUGAUUACAUAUUGGAAUUCUUUCUGCCUAUCAAUAUGAAAGGGAGUUCAGAACAGCAACUUUUAUUAGACAGCCUCUCAGGUACCAUGCAGAGAAUUUGUACGAGUUUGAGGACAGUUUCAGAGGCCGAAUUAUCAGGAAUCAAGAGCUUGCAGGUGGGGUUUGAAAAGAAAAAUGACCCGCGUUUUCCCCCCUUGUCUACUCAAAACUCUCAGAUACCAUCAAUAAAAGAAAACAAUGGUUCUGUCCAGAAGCUGUCAUUAAAGGCUUCUAACCAGAGAAAGAAUGGAAAUGAGCCAUCUUGUAACCAGGAAACAAAUGGACCGAGAAGGCGAGUUGAGAAAAAUAAAAGCACAUCAGAGAAGAAUGUUAGUUUGAGUGUUCUCCAACAAUACUUUUCUGGUAGUCUGAAGGAUGCUGCAAAAAGCAUUGGUGUUUGUCCAACAACUCUGAAAAGGAUAUGCAGACAUCACGGAAUUUUAAGAUGGCCAUCCCGCAAGAUUAAUAAAGUGAAUCGUUCUUUGAAGAAAAUUCAGACUGUGCUUGACUCUGUCCAGGGAGUUGAGGGUGGGUUGAAGUUUGAUCCUUCCAUGGGGGCAUUUGUGGCAGGAGGGUCAACCAUCCAAGAAAUUGAUGAACAUGAAAGUCUCUUUUUUCCCGAGAAGAGCACUGCACAAGACCCUCAGAAUUUGGAAAAUAAGUUGGAGGGGAAAUUGAAGGAAACCAACAGUUCUUCAGUUGAUUGCAGUGAAGAUUCAAAAUCAAUGGCAAUGGAUGAUUGUCAUGAACAAGCUUGUUUUGGUUCUGUUCUUGGAAAAAGCGACAAAUUGGUUCUGAACAAGGGUGGUUUGAGAAUAGAAAAAUGUAAACAUAAUAAUACAAGUUCUUUUUUUGUUGAUGAGAUGGAUACUUGUGUGGAUGGGGAUGAUGAGGUUGUUGAGCACAACAAUCCUACUUCUUCAAGCUUGACCGACUCGUCUAAUGGCUCUGGUUCAAUGAUACACGACAUUUCAUCAGGUUACGAGGACUUUGAGAACCAGAAGCACUGCAAAGGGAAAUCAACUAUCGUUGAUGGUGGGUCAAAAAUCGUCGUGAAAGCUACCUAUGGAGAAGAUACCAUUCGUUUCAAGUUUGAUCCAUCCACAGGUUGUUUUAGACUAUACGAAGAAGUUGCAGCAAGAUUCAAACUGCAAAACGGGACGUUCCGGCUCAAGUAUCUAGACGAUGAAGAAGAAUGGGUGAUGUUAGUGAACGACUCGGAUUUGCAAGAGUGUUUGGAAAUAUUAAAUGAUAUGGGGACACGUAAUGCAAGGUUUCUUGUUCGUGAUGUGCCUUGCGUUUUAAGCAGCUCUGGCAGUAGCAAUUGCUACUUGGGAGGCAGCUCAUAGCAUAUCUGAUGAUGAAUGACUUUAAUGCAACAAUUGCUUUGACAAAAAUUUUGAUGAUUUUUUACGAGGGUUCUGCAUAUCGAGUUUGAAUUUUAGGUAUGACAGUUGCCAAGCUUCGCUACAAUCAUCCAAUAUUGUCAUUUUCUGAGUGGCCUUUUAAAAGAUAAGGCUCGUGUUGGAGCACUUGCGGGUAUAUAUUCCGGCAUACGAGCGAGCCUCGGCACAAUGACAAGGUGGUUGUCAUGUGACCUAUAGAUCAUGAGUUCAAAUCUUAGAAAUAGAUUCUUUUGCUUGCGGGAUAAGGUUGUGCACAUUUACUCUCCUAUAGAUCAUGAGUUCAAAUCUUAGGUGGUUGUCAUGUGACCUAUAGUUAUGUACAUGUUGAAGACAUAGCAGCAGCAUAGAAAUUCUUAAUAGUAGUGAGGACUGAUGUAAAUGGCUUUGCGGUGCUGCAAUGUAAUGUAUGUCAUGGGUUUUGUAUAGAAAAAUGAUGACAAUAAAUAUAGAAAAGUGGCUGUAUCAUUGUAAGAAAAAGAUAUUUUAAUAUUGUUAAGUUGAACAUUUCUGCUCACUCGAUUCUGAAUUUGAGAUCUUCCAGUUGUAUGUGUGAAUUUUA